AUGUAUGUGGAAGCCUUGGGACUUUUUGAUAAGUUGAUGUGUUAUCCUUAUCUGAAACCUGAUAGCUAUACUUAUCCGAGUGUUCUUAAAGCCUGCGGCGGGCUUUGUAGAGUUGUGUUGGGACAAAUGCUGUUUGAUGAAAUGCCUGAUAAGGAUGUGGCGUGCUGGAAUACGGUGAUUUCUUGUUAUUAUCAAAGCGGGAAAUUUGAAGAAGCUCUGAGAUACUUUGGCAUGAUGAGAAGAUAUGGAUUUGAGCCGGAUUCAGUUACAAUCACAACUGCUAUUUCGUCUUGUGCUAGGCUUUUUGAUUUCGAGAGAGGGAGGGAAAUUCAUAAGGAGUUGAUUAAUAGUGGGUUUCGGCUGGAUUCUUUUGUUAGCUCUGCCCUUGUUGACAUGUAUGGAAAAUGCGGUCACUUAGAAAUGGCUAUAGAAGUUUUUGAGCAAAUGCCUAAAAAGUCUGUUGUUGCUUGGAAUUCCAUGAUUACAGGAUAUGGUUUUAAAGGCGACUGCUUUUCAUGCGUUCAACUUUUUAAGAGAAUGUACAAUGAAGGAGUCAAACCAACUUUGACUACUUUGAGCAGUAUAUUAAUGGCUUGUUCACGAUCAGUGCAACUACUAGAGGGAAAGUUUGUUCAUGGAUAUAUAAUACGCAACAGAAUACAACCUGAUAUUUUUAUUAACAGCUCACUCAUGGAUCUAUAUUUCAAAUGUGGAAAGGUUGAGUCAGCUGAAAACAUCUUUAAAUUGAUACCGAAGACAACGCCAGUUUCUUGGAAUGUUAUGAUUUCUGGAUAUGUAACUGAAGGGAAACUUUUUGAAGCACUUAACCUCUUCAGUGAAAUGAGACAAUCAUCUGUUGAACCAGAUGCUAUUACUUUCACCAGUGUUUUAGCAGCUUGUUCCCAACUAGCAGCACUAGAAAAGGGUAGAGAGAUCCACAAUUUGAUUGUUGAGAGAAAUUUGGGAAACAAUGAAGUGGUUAUGGGGGCUCUUCUUGAGAUGUAUGCAAAGUGUGGUGCUGUAGAUGAAGCAUUUGGUGUUUUCAAAUAUUUGCCAGAAAGAGAUCUGGUCUCCUGGACUUCCAUGAUUACCGCUUACGGGUCUCAUGGUCGGGUCUAUGAAGCUUUAGAGCUUUUUGCUAAAAUGCUGCUGUCAAAUGUAAAACCUGAUAGAGUUACUUUUCUUGCCAUAUUGUCUGCGUGUAGCCAUGCUGGAUUGGUUGAUGAUGGAUUGUAUCAUUUCAAUGAAAUGAUCAGUGUUUAUGGUAUCGCGGCUAGAGUUGAACAUUAUUCAUGCUUGAUUGCUCUUCUUGGACGUGCUGGAAGAUUGCACGAAGCAUAUGAGAUUCUACAAAGAAACCCUGAAAUCAGGGAUGACGUUCAGCUGUUAAGCACCUUAUUUUCUGCAUGCCGUUUACACGGAAAUCUUGACUUAGGGGUUGAAAUUGCAGAAAAACUUAUUGACAAGGAUCCUGAUGAUUCAUCAACAUAUAUUAUCUUAUCGAAUAUCUACGCUUCUUUUGGUAAAUGGGAUGAGGUACGGACGAUAAGAUCAAAGAUGAAAGAGCUUGGAUUAAAGAAGAACCCGGGGUGCAGUUGGAUUGAGAUUAACCAGAAGAUCGUGCCUUUCUUUGUUGAAGAUAAUUCAAACUAUCAUGUAGAGGUAUAUUUAGAGUAUGGCAUAUCCAAGAAUUAUGAAAUAGCCACUAUAAUCUCGUUAAUGUUCUCUACAUUUGUUUGUUUCUUGAAGAAAAAUUUAGUCAAAUAA